AUGGCAGAGCCCACAGGCUUCAUAGAGGCCUCCUGGAGCCAGAUGACCCUGGGCCCUACCUGCUCAUCAGUAGUGCAGAACAACGAAUACUUGCAGGAGAGGUUACUUCAAAGAGCGCCAACAAUAACAGAGAGGUCGAAAAAGGUGCGGCGGGUCCCUGGUUCCAGCGGGAGGCUCCACAAGACGGAGGACGGCGAGUGGGAGUGGAGCGACGAGGAGCUGGAUGUGGAGAGCGAGGAGGGCAAGGCCGCCGUCGCCGCCUUGAGGUCGCCCAGAGUGAAGGAGGGAUCCGAAAGUUCUGAGGACUUUGUGGCUACGGAGGCCUCAAGUAGUCAUCUCCAGCCCCCGGCCGCGGGUCAGCCCCAGCUACCUCAUGCAGCAGGCCAGGCUCUGCUGCAGCCCACACAGCCCAACUCCCAACCCACUACCCAGGCUGCAGGCCCCGGCCUUCCCACUGCUGCUUUGUCUGCUCAGAUCCUAACAUCAACAAGUGAUCCUAAGGCCCCCAUCAGCCUGGUGUUACGGUUAAGAAAUUUAAAGAAGGAACUAAAUGACAUCCGCUUUGAAUUCAUGCCAGGACGAGACACGGCUGACGGCGUCUCUCAGGAGUUGGUCUCCGCAGGCCUUGUUGACGGCAGGGAUUUAGUUAUAGUUGCUGCUAAUUUGCAAAAAAUUGUGGAUGAGCCUCAGUCGAACCGAAAUGUGACCUUCAAAUUGGCCUCUGGGGUGGAGGCCAGUGAAAUACCAGACGACGUCAAGCUGAUGGCUUCGCUCAGCUCAUUCUGCAUCUUCCCCAUCUGA